UUGCGAUCGUAGUUGACAAAAUAUUAAUUUGUUUAUUUGACAGAAACUUUAAUGCACAUAGACAUUACACGAAGUGCAUCGUGCAGUUGAAAUGUGAAUUGAUGAUGAAAUAAUCGUUAAAUAUUCAAAAGUGACAGAAUGGACAUCCAUAAAACAAUAAAGUUUUCAUCAUCAAACGAAGUACGCACUGCAAAAGUACCUAUGGUAAAACUUUCAAGACUUUAUUGGUGCAUUAAAUGCAAGAAAAGAUUCAAAACGCCUGAAAAUUUAAAGAUGCACACAGAAGAACACAACCAUCUAAUUAAUUCCUUUACAAAAGGUAACAGUGUCAUUACAAUAAAUGAUGAGCCUCCUCAAUUCGAUAUCUUCGAUGAAAUGCAUUUUUUGAAAGAGCAGAACCAUUUAACCAAUUGCUCUAUAAAAGGCAACGGUGAUCAUCUAUCAAAUGAAGUACACACUGCAAAAGUACCCAAGGUAAAACUUUCAAGACUUCAUUGGUGCAAAAAAUGCCAGAAAAGAUUCACAACCGCCGAAAUUUUGAAGAUCCACACCGAAGAACACAACAAUUUAACAAAUUCACCUGCAAAAAGGAAUAGCGUUCUUCCAAUAAAUGAUGAGCCUCCUGAAAUUGAUAUCAUUGAUGAAAUGCAGUUUUGGAAAGAACAGUACCAUUUAACCGAUUCCUCUAUACAAUGCAAAAGUGAUCUUUUAAUAGAUGACGAGUCUUCUGAAAUUGAUGUCAUCGGUGAUAUGCAUUUUUUGAAAGAACAGAACCAUUUAACCGAUUCCUCUAUACAAUGUAAAAGUGAUAUUUUAAUAGAUGACGAGUCUUUUGAAAUUGAUGUCAUCGGUGAAAUGAAUUUUUUGAAAGAACAGACCCAUUUAACCGGUUCCUCGAUACAAUGCAAAAGUAAUCUUUCAAUAGAUGAUGAGUCUUCUGAAAUUGAUGUCAUCGAUGAAAUGAAUUCCUUAAAUGAAGAGCCGAACCAUUUAAGCAAUUUCUCUAUAAAAGGCAACAGUGAUCAUCUAUUAAAAGAAGUACACACUGCAAAAGUACCUAAGGUAAAACUUUCAAGACUUUAUUGGUGCAAUGAAUGCCGAACAAUAUUCAAAUCCGCCGAAAUUUUGAAGAUCCACACCAAAGAACACAAUAAUUUAACCAUUUCGCCUACAAAAAGGAACAGUGUUCUUCCAAUAGAUGACGAGUCUUCUGAAAUUGAUGUCAUCGGUGAUAUGCAUUUUUUGAAAGAACAGAACCAUUUAAUCGAUUCCUCUAUACAAUGCAAAAGUGAUCUUACAAUAGAUGACGAGUUUUCUGAAAUUGAUAUCAUCGACGAAAUGGAUCUUUCGAAUGAACAGAACCGUUUAACCGGUACCUCUAUACAAUGCAAAAGUAAUCUUCCAAUAGAUGAUGAGUCUUUUGAAAUUGAUGUCAUCGAUGAAAUGAAUUCCUUAAAUGAAGAGCCGAACCAUUUCAGCAAUUGCUCCAUAAAAGGCAACAGUGAUCAUCUAUCAAAUGAAGUACACACUGCAAAAGUACCUAAGGUAAAACUUUCAAGACUUUAUUGGUGCAAUAAAUGUCAGAAAAGAUUCAAAACCGCCGAAAAUUUGAAGAUCCACACAGAAGAACAUAAUCAUUUAACCAAUUCCUCUCACAAAGGCACCAGUGUUCUUCCGGUAAAUGAUGAGCCUUCUGAAAUUGACAUCGCAGAGGAAGUGAAGUUCUUGAGUAAAGAACAGAGCCAUUUAACCAAUUCCUCUCACAAAGGCACCAGUGUUCUUCUGGCGAAUAAUGAGCCUUCUGAAAUUGACAUCGCAGAUGAAGUGCAGUUUUUGAGGGAAGGACAGAGCCAUUUAACCAAUUCCUCUCACAAAGGCACCAGUGUUCUUCCGGCGAAUAAUGAGCCUUCUGAAAUUGACAUCGCAGAUGAAGUGCAGUUUUUGAGGGAAGGACAGAGCCAUUUAACCAAUUCAUCUGCCAAAGGCAACAGUGUUCUUCCGGUGAAUAAGGAGCCUUCUGUAAUUUAUUUUGCAGAUGAAGUGCAUUUCGCGAGGGAAAAACAAAGCCGUUUAACCAAUUCUUCUAUAAAAGGCAACAGUGAUCUUCCAUCAAAUGUAGUAUACUCUCCAAAAAAACAUUUAAUACAAAUUUCAAGUCUUUAUUGGUGCAAAAAAUGCCAAAAAAGAUUCAGUACCGCCGAAAUGUUAAAGCUCCACACAGAAGAACAUGAUCUCGCGGAAAAGUCUCUAACUGUCUCAUCUGGCUCCGCUAAUAGUUCUUACACUUGUCCAAAUUGCAAAAUAGUUUAUUUGAAUUUCUUCAGUUUAAAGAAACAUUUUGCGCGAAAGCACAAACUCUGUCCCAAAAAUUUUUCAAUAAAACGCAGUUUUACGCGACAUACGCUGGCUCAUCAAAGUGUAGAAUGUUUUACCUGUGAUCUUUGUUCUAAAGAAUUUUCGAGAAAAUCUAAUUUGACAGACCAUAUAAAUAGGCACAUGAAUAUAAGACCGCACAAAUGUAAAAUUUGUGGAAAAGGUUUUAUUCGUCCAUCUUAUUGUAAGGCUCAUAUGCGCACCCACAGAGGAAGGCCUUUUGAGUGCGAUUUAUGUAAAAGAAGAUUUUCACUAAAGCGCACUUUAACAUUACACAUGCUUGUUCAUCAACAGGGAAGACCUCAUUCGUAUGUCUGUGAUUUGUGCGGCAAACAUUGUGCGCGCAGAGGUAGUUUCAUGGACCAUUUAAAAACACACAUGGACAUCAGUUGUCACACGAGUUACGAGUGUGAUAUGUGUAAGAAAAAAUUUGCCAACCGUUCUAAUUGGAAGCGUCAUAUACGUCGUAUUUCUGCAUGUUUUAAUCAUUAUAAGUGCUCCACCUGUACAGAAGGUUUUUCGACAACCGAGGGCUUAAAAAACCACAUCGCGAACUGUUUCGAUAUAUCAUCCGGAUAUAGUAUUGCAGCAACCAAGAAGCGAAUCGGAGACACCUAUUUUUGUAAAAUUUGCUCGAAAUUCUUCCUGAGGAAAGCUUAUUUUGUUGAUCAUAAAAAUCUCCACUCCUUGACAGAGACCAACGCUUGUGAAAUCUGCAAGAGAGUAUUUCCGAACAAUUAUAGCCUUUGGAAGCAUCAAAGCAAUCUCACUAAAGAAUCUCCUUACUUUGAAUGUGACAUCUGUAAGCUUAAAUUCUGUUAUAAAACUACCUGGUUUAAACACCGUAAGACUCAUUUUUGCAACAAUCUUCCGCAGAUAAAUAAUGUUCAUAAAAUGGUUCAUCAGCAAAUCCCUUUAAAAGUUGGUCCAUUAAAGACAUACAACAGAAAGAAUCUGGGAGAGAUGAUGCAGAAGAGAGAAAUAGUUAGUAUUGUCGAAACUGGACGUGACAAUAAAGUUCACGAUAAAGAAGAGACCAUCUUGCUUCAAGAGGAGAUAAGACUCGAAGAAUUGGAAAGUAGUUCUCAUACAAUGAAUUCUAAUUAUGAUGGUAGUAAAAAUCUACACUCGACUCAAAAACUCUACAUGUGUCAUAUCUGUAUGAAAUUAUUUUUGAACCAAAUGAGCCUUAAGUCGCAUCAGAGAAGUCUUACUAAAGAAAAACCUUAUUUUGAAUGCGAUGUUUGUAAGAUAAAAUUCUGCCAUAAAUAUACUUUAGAAGUACACCAAAAACGUCAUCACCGACGGCAUGAAAUGCCUCUUCAGCAAAUUACUUCGUUUAAAAAUGCUCCAUUAAAGACGUAUAAAAGAAAAGGGUUGCCUGGUGCGAUUCAGCCUACUAUUUUUCAACGGGGUGGUUCGAAGACGCAUGAGAGAAGUGAAAUUCAAGAUAAAGAUGUGCGAAAUCAAGAUAAAGAUAAAGAGGAAAACAACUUGGUUCAAGAGCAGAAUAGACUUGGAAAAUUGAAUAAUGAUUCUAAUGAAAGGAAUAAUGAUACUAAUCAAAAUCCACACUUGAUUCAAUACCCAUAUAUGUGUAAUAUAAGUAAGAGAAGGUUUUUGGACAAAACGAGUCUUAACUCGCAUCAGAGAACUCUCAUUGAAGAAAAUCCUUAUUUCGAAUGCGGUGUUUGCGACCGAAAAUUCUGCGAUAAAUUCACUUUAGCCGCACACCAAAGAUUUUUUCAUCCAAAUCUUAAAAUGCCUUUGCAGAAAAUCACCUUAAAAAAUGUUUCAAAGACGUUUGAAAGAAAUAAGAAUCUUGAAGAAAAGAUGCGAAUUAAUGAAAUAGUUGUGAAAACUGAACCUAAAAGUGAAAUCCAAGGUAAUGAAGAUAGUCAUUUGGUUCAAGAGCAGAGGUUUGAAAACUUAACAGAAAGUGAAAUCUCUACUCUAUCUUCUAUUGGACAGGAACCUCGUGAUCCAUUAGCCUUGACUGAAAGUGAAAAGUCCUUUUUAUUUUCUUCAAUUAAAGAAGAAACUUUCGAUCCCUUAGAUUUAAAUAACCAAAUAGAAGCUUGAAAUGCAAAUAUCGAAAUAGAAAAGUGAAUUAUUUGUAUCUUCUUUCAAAAAUGAUAAAUAUGAGAAUUCAAUCUGUAUGAUUUACUUAUUCGUUCUGAUCUUUGUUUAGCAUUAAGAAAGGAGUUGCAAGCAUGAAGUAAAUUUGUAAUGUUUGAAAAAAUACCGUUACAUAGAAACCGCUUAAAGAGAAAAUUGUAUUCAGAAUAUAUAAAUAAAUCGAAAAUUCAUAGAAAUAAAUAAGCGCCCACUACUUAAUUUGUAGGAA